GUGUGUUUUUAUUUCAAACGUGAUCAGCUGUGCCGCCAUUGUCGCCGCCUCCGUAAUGAACUUGCGCAAUUUAUUAAAUUUAAGGAAGUCUCAUUUCAUUGGCAACUCAAGCUGGUCCCGAUGGAGCAGCGAUGCAGCCAAAACAUCCACCACGGAACCCCCAGCAACAAUAGAUUCCCUAGAUGCUGCCAAACGGAAGCAACUACUUAAGGAUUUAGCCGAACCGGUAGAAACGACCCGCCAGAGACCAACUAUUAAUCCCAAAGAGACGAGCGUCAUGCUCUUUCCUGGCCAAGGUACUCAGUAUGUGGGUAUGGCCAAGGACCUGCUUCAAUUUCCAGGGGCACGUCGCAUUUUUCAGCUGGCAAACGAAGUUCUCAAAUACGAUCUAUUGAAAAUCUGCCUGGAAGGACCACGUGAUAAACUGAACAGAACGGAGUAUGCGCAACUGGCUGUGAUGGUAUCCUCGUUGGCUGCACUGGAGAAACUACGCGAAGAGCGACCCAGGGCCAUAGAAAACUGUGUGGCUGCUGCUGGCUUCAGCCUGGGCGAGAUUACAGCUCUCGUGUAUGCGGGAGCCAUGGAAUUCGACAAAGCCUUAAAAUUGGUUCAAGUCCGGGCUCUUGCCAUGCAAACAGCCUGCGAUAAGGCGGCUGGAACCAUGGCCAUGACUAUUUAUGGGCCGGAUACGAAUCUUGGAGAGGCCUGCGCGAAGGCCAAGCAAUGGUGCCUUGAUCUCGGUGUCGAGUCUCCCUACUGUGGCAUAGCAAACUAUAUGUAUCCCCAUUGUAAAGUCAUAGCCGGCAAUGUGGAGGCUUUGGAGUUCCUCGAAAAGAAUUCAAAAGUCCUGAAAAUACGACGAAUGAAACGCUUGGCCGUAAGUGGAGCAUUUCACACACCGCUUAUGGACUCGGCGGUCGAGCCCUUUGUUAAAGCUCUAAAGACCAUCAAACUACAGGACCCCAUAAUACGUGUGUACUCCAAUGUAGAUGGUAAACCGUAUCGGAACGCUCGCCAUGUGUUAACCCAGCUUCCCAAGCAAAUUGUCCGACCAGUAAAAUGGGAACAAACCCUCCAUGAAAUGUACGAGAGACAACAGGGUGUUGAAUUUCCACGCACUUUCGAAUGCGGACCCGGCAAGGGUCUUAUCCAGGUUCUGGAAAAGGUUAAUGCCAAGGCAGCUCAAUCGGGCCAGAACAUUUUAGCAUAAGGAGAAUCUUUGUAGUCGUGUUUUUUUGCUUUUUAUAAAAAUCUAUUUUCUGGAAACAGGAAAAAUAACUAA